AUGAGAUACGGUAUUGCUAUGGGUGCAGUAGCAGUAACUAUGAGAGCUACUGGUGCUAGUGCUGAUAAUAUUUUGGAGGUGAUUGGCAUUUCGGAGCGUGCCGUUGACAAAAUAUAUAAAAGAGCGCUUAGAAGAGGCUUCGACCCGGAUUCAUAUCCCUUGGACAUUUCCGAGGCUAUGGUAGUUGAUGCACACCGCUCUGGUCGUCAUGGGCGCGAAGCUAAGCUAGCUUGGCAUCUUAAACACCGAGGCUGGACUUUGAAAGACUGGAAGAAUGUGACUUGGACCAAUGAGACUUCUGCCAUUUUGAUUCACCGACGCUGA